CGUCGCCACAGUUGUCGCGGCUACCCAGCGCUGGGUCGGCGGCUGCAGACGCGGCGCUGCAGCGGCUGCGGACGCGGACGCGCCUGCUGACGGUCGUGACGGGUGGUGUCAUGAUCCCAGGCUGCAUUCCUGCGAGGUCUGGGCACGCUGUGGCGGCAGCCAGCAUUUGGGUGCUGCGGGCGCUGUGGGGGAUGACGGGGCUGCCAUCGUGCUG